AUGAGGCGUGCUCGAUCUAGGGGAAUGCGUGGAGGCCCUGGUCGAAUGCCACCCUUCAUGCGUGGUCCUCCGGGACAAAAAUUUGUUGUCAGCCAUUCGACUUUUGAUCCUGUUAUGGUAAGUAAGUUUAAAUGAAAGUAAAGUACUCCACGUGUCAUCAAGUUAAUACUUGAUCAGGAUUAGAUAAAUCACUACAUGAGUUUGAAAACUAACAUUCAGUGUUUAUUUAGUCGAACGAGUGGUAUGCAGUACGUAGAUAGUGCUUUUAUACCGUAGUAUAUGUUGAGAUUGUCGUAGAUCGACUGUUCCAGGCGUUCUUUAAGUGUAAAAGAGGAAAAAUGUGGGUGAGUUAAGACAACGGCUCUCGGGGAAACAGCUUGAAGGGUCUCAGUUUAGCCCUAUAAUAUUCCUAAACAAGACCUUAGUCCCCAAGGUAAUUUGCUGUUUUCGUUAUUGUCUGCCUUCAUUUAAGUAGUGUCUGCAUAAUUAAGAAGCAGUAUGAGGAGAGACUAUGGAAAUUGUUUUAAAUACUUUAUAGUUUUAUGAAAACUUGUGGUUCACCCCAUGAUUGGGUAGUUGUGAGAGUGUAUGAAAAAGCCUCUUAUUUUAAGGCAAUCACAUGUCUUCAUGCAGUCUAGUCCAAAGAUGGUACAAGUGCUUUUUUUCUAGGCUUGAUUGUUGCCGCUCUUUAACUCUUUACAUCCUAACAUCAGUAUGCAUCUUCUCUAUACUUUUCUGUUUACAUUUCCUAAGAUGUUGACCAGGAGAAUUUGUUUAACAAUCAAAAGCUUCUCUAGUUGGUGAUCAUUUCCUUUACUCUGGUGACCUUAGUAAAUGAGUUAGGUGUGAUAUUCAUAGGUGGAACUAGAUGCCCUUUGGGGUCUAAUAGUUAAAGAGGAUAUGUGUGCAGAAUGCAUGUAGCUCCCUUUUUCUUGGUGUAGUCCAUUAUAGGAGUUUGUGUGGUGACUUAACUAUUGUACUGAUCUCUGUUAACAUUGAUGAAAGACUUAAAGCUGGAAUAGAAUACUCUCUAAUAAUUAGUAUCUGAUUGAUGCUGAAGUUAUGUCUACUGUGUUUUCAUUUGUUCUUCUCUAUUGGGAUGUUUAGGCUGAGACCUUUUUCCCAAGAGCUUCUCCAGCACCAGAGGAAACAGCCUUUACACAGGUGAGAGCUUCUUAACUGAUACUUUUGUAGAUAAGGCCCUUUUGUUUUCAAUUUCAUCACAUCCCAAAGCACUUAAACAAUAGUAAGAACAGUCAGAGGUAAUAUGAUACAAGCAAAGACAUUUGAGCUUCAGAUAUUGCCCUUUUAGGCCUUUUUUGUUAUUUUAUGAGACUGAUGAAAGUAAAGGAAAAUAUAUGCAACAGUAUGUUUUUUAAUUCCCUGAGUAUUUUUGGUAAUGGAUAAACUUGUUGAUUAAUGUUUGUCUUUUCCAACAGGCCCUUUUAAAAAGAAAUCAAGAGUUAACUCCUAGUGGACAAGAACAAGUAAUUAGGUUUUAUUUUAUUAUAAUUGUUAUUGCCCAACCUGUUGUCAGCACUGAAUAGCAUCAGCUGUGUUUUAUAUCCUCCUGCAAGUUAAUGUGACUGUGACUCUGCAAUCAGCUUGUGUCAUACAGGAUGAUUUAAUUUUCAGUUAUGGGUCAGUGUAAUGUUGAUCCCCAGCAGCUUUGUAACUUGAGUUGUCAGAGAGCAAUUUGCCACUUAUUAGCAGAUUUUUUUUACUUUCAGGAUUAAUAGCUAUGCUGGAAAUUAAGCUUUACAAUAAAAGGCUUAAGUUGAACUCUAAACAUUAACAUACACCUUAAUAUAUGGAAAGUAAAUAUUGCAGAUCUUUCUGUCAUGUGUGAUAUCAGCCAUGCAGUAUCUGGGAAAAUAUGAGUUUCAUCAGUUGGUUUCCAUUCUUGUUAUCCAGGCUUCUGUUCAAAACCUUGUGACAAGGAUCACAACAGUGUUGGAUAAUUUGAUUGUUGCACCUGAUGCAGCUGAGCUGGUGAGUAUGGUUAAUGUAAAGUACAUAUAGCUUUACUUGGCGAUAACUAAAAGUUUAAAAGUUGGUAAGUAAAGUAAAGAAGACUAGAGAUACUGUUGAUGAUUUCUUGGAAGACAGGAAAAGUUAACGUUUUUAUAUUUGUUAUUAUGAUCCACCAUUCCUUCUAAAUGUUUCAUCAAUCAUUUUUCAAUUAUCCAUGGAUAAACAAAGAAAUGCAAUUUCCACAAUGGAACUCCUCUUUACAGUACUCUGUGGUUUAUGUUGUUUUAUAGGGUUUAGAGGAGGUGCGUGCAGUUGGUUCACACAAGAAGGGAACAAUGUUGCUUGGUCAUCCUGUGGCUGACUUAGCUGUGAUUCUCAAAAAGUUGCCAAUAGGUAUAUGAACCAGUCUGCUGUGUUUUUAACCUUAAACUCUCAUUAUCUGAUGAUUAAUUUUUCUGCCUGGCUGUAGCCAUUUCUUUUAAGAAGUUGAUGUUUUACCAAGGUAGCUUCAGCAAUUUGAAAAGGAAUACAAGAUUGCUUUGCUUUUACUUAAAUUUGCUCCGGGAUCAAUCUUGAAAAGAAAUCACUCCACCCUGUCAAGCAAUCAGAUACAAAGCCAAAACCUAUAGUGUCUUGGUCACUCUUGUUUUCCCAUACUUUAGGCAGUCUGCUUUUUUUUUCAUCUUGACAUCUCAUUAAUCAUUGAUGUUGGAAUCCUUUGUCUGAUUAGUAACUGAUUUCUUUGGUUUUUGUUUUGCAGUAGUCCACAGAAAACCCCUCUAAUGUGCCCUGUAAAACCUAUUUAUUUUGAUCUAUUCACCUAUUUCUUGAAUCAUUUUUUUCCACAGAAAGUGAUAUUGUUGCUUUAGCAACAAGAGUACAAAAAUCCUUGAAAGAGGAUGGCUCAUCAGCAGGUAUUAUUGCAAAAUUAGUAGCCAUUAGUCUUGUCUUACCCCUGGCCAUGUAGGGCUGUGGCUAGAGAAACCCCCUGCUGUUUGUCCUUGGCCUUCUUCCUCAACUCUCUUAGCAGACACUGCUUUCUCACAUCUCUUUUUCAACCACCUGUUGCCAUGUGUAUGGCAAAAUUAGUGGGGAAAGAUUAAAAGGAAAAAAAAGAUUGGCUCCCUUUAUUUUUUUGUUGUAGAACAAUGUUUACACUGCAAUGUCUUCAGCUGCCAUAUACUGUAAUUUCAAUGUGCAUGGACCUUUGUCUAGGUUGUGAUAUGGUCUUUAUUUAAUGGUUUUUAUUGGUAUUUAUCAUGUUCUAUUUUAUCUUGUCCAGAGUAUCCAAUUCAGUCAAACGAAGGAGGUAAGGGUUUGUCUUUUGAACCACAUUAUGCAUGUUGUUACAAUGAUGUGCAGAGCAAUCUAGGUACUUGUUGAAUAGUAGACCUUUAUUUAAAGGUCUUGAUCCUGUCAAUCAGCGGCUCUCAAGCAACUACACUUUUCAAUCACAGUCUUGCAGACUUUAAUUACUCACCAGAGACUUGUAUGAUCCAUGUCAGGGCUCCUUAAGUAGAUUUAUCUCUCAAUAUUUAGGAUUUAACAUCAGUAGUCCAGAAGGGGCUCUUGUCCGUGUGCUGAUAACAACCCUUCCUAAGAAUCUGCAGGACGCUGACCCAACAAUGCAUGGUAAGUGAGCAGUGUUGAACUUCUUUAUACUAUACACUCUUAAUAUUUAUACCAUUAGUCCUGGACUUCAUAUGUAAUCUUAACACUAAGAAUAUAAAAUUGCUCCAUGGUUCAACAAUUCCUGCUAAUGCAAACUAUCCAGGCAUACAAUUUCAAGUGGGAAAACUUUCAUCCAAGAAUGGGUGUGCAGGUAUUACAGUCAGUUAAGAUGCAUUACAUGUACAUACAUUCACUAGAUGAGUUUUAUUUUGACAGUGGAUGUAAAACUUCUAGAGGGGGCAUUAGCAACGAUAAGACAUGCUCGCUGGUUUGAAGAAAAUGCUUUCCACACAAGGUAAGACUUAACCAAGUUGACUUAAAACAAGUUUUUAUCAAUCUUCAUGCAGCCCUAAUGCUUUAACUCCCAGAAGUGAUCAACUUGAAACUUCUCCUUAUAAUAUCUUUACAUUAUCCAACAAACAGGUAUUGAGAAUAUUUAAACUUAUGGGGUAGGAGUUGAUAUCUUGAUCUAACACCAAAUUCUCGUAACUAAUUUACAAGUAAAUGUGUAGCAGCUAGAGGGGAGAAUUAGCAAUCAGAUCUUGGGAGUUAAAGGGUCAAUUUUUGUUUGUUUCUGAUUGGAAUGCCCUCACUGGUCCUUUGUAAUUCACCAUACACGAGUGGAGAAGGUGCAUGUAAACAGAUCAAUGGAACAAGAAAGAUGGUAAAUUUUCUUUUGUGAGCUUGUUAAAGGGAUAGAGAAAGAUAUUUUCCUUAUGCUCAUGACCUGACAAAAAACAUCUCUCUCUAGACAGAUAAAUAUUAUUGCAAUGUACAAAUUUCCAGAUGUGAAAAGCAACUUGGACAUGCAUGUAGCAUAGUGCAAGGAUCAGCCAUAUUAAUAGCAUUGUGUGUGUUAAUAAAUAUGGGAAACAUGACAAAUUUUGCAAUGAUAACAUUAUGUUGGUUUCUUUCAGUACACGUCUCUUGGUGAGACUUUUUAAGGAUCUUAGAAAACGAUUCACUGGAUUGCAAGGUCUCACACCAUGGCUUAUAGACUUGCUUGUAAGUGCUAUUCUAAUAGUGUAGUUGUAACUAGUGAUGUACAGUGUUAUUUCUUAAAAAUAGUGGAUUUUCAUCUCAAGAGAGAGCAAGGAUGUGACAAAUUUAUAGCACUUUGCCAAUAGCAAAUAUUUUUAACAGUGUCUCUUUUUCUUUUUAGGCCCAUCGUGCAGCUAUGAUGAAUUCAUCACGGCAACCUCUUCCAGUCAAUGUUGCUUUCAGGUGAGACAUGUAAUUCUCACAAAUCCUGCUUUUCUCAAGGACAAACAAAUUUCAACUCACAAGCUAUCCAUAGCAACUGGGAAGUUGUGUAAAUAUCAGGAAGAUUAAAAUUUUGUCUGAUUUAGCUGUGAGCAUAUGUGGUGGCUUGUUCAGUAUUCCAGAAAAUUUGGGAUUUGGAUCGUUUUAUUAGCACAUUCAAAUGAUAUGUCUGUAGGGAAUGGGCUUUCAUGUAGUAGAAGUGAACUCAAAACUUAGAGGGAGUUCUUUUCAUUUUAGGCGUGCUUUCCAGCUCCUCUCAGCAGGAUUGUUUUUGCCUGGCUCAUUAGGAAUAAUUGAUCCUUGUGAGGUGACGGUGAUAUUUAAUGUUUCAAUUUUCAUUGACGUAUUAUUUAUUUAAUUAUUUAGUUAGUUAGUUCGUUAGUGAGUUAGUUAUAUACCAGUUACUUACAGGUAUUUGUUUGUUCUGCAGUCAUUGUUGAUUUUCAAUAUAAGCUUACAAAAUCAGAUCAUAAUUAAAAUACUUAUAUAUCCAGAGAAAUUCAUGUACAAGUGUCAUAAGCCUCAGGAUCGGGAGAUUGGACAACAAAUCUUAAAAAAUGGAAAUAAAUUGCUUUUACUUUCACUUAACUUUUUUCUGGGUGUUUUUCGUGAUUGUUCAAGUGUUUUUGUUUGUUUGUAUUGUACCUUGACAUUGCUGUAUUUUCUUCAUUUAGUCGGGAAAUGUACGCGCUCACAGUGUUCUUAGCCUCGAGGAACAGGUAUGAGCGAUGUUCCGUAUCUUUUCUAUAUACUGUUCACUAAAGUGGCUAACGUUAUAUUUUGUACGAAACGACAUCCAGUGGCAGUUAACUGUUUAUUUUUCUUCAUCAAUUGUUUGUACAGGACGCUAUCACAACUUGUGCUCAAACCCUUCUGCGAUGCUUAAAUCAUGGGGCUUACCACGAAAUAUUAGGAUUGGUAAGACAACAUGAUUGUAGUAGAGUUGUGCUUCUAUAUUUACCAAUGUUUCAUGCACUAGUGGUAAAGUAGAUUGUAACAGUUGUAAUAACUGAUUGUGAGGUAAUAGAAGUAGUUGGACGAACAUGUGAACCCUUUUCUCGGCGGCCUCCUUUGGAAGAGAAGAAAGUGGCCGUUGUAGAGAGGUGGCCGUUGUAGAGAGGUGGCCGUUCCAGAUAUGUAGCGGUGAAGUACUUAUUUGAACACAGAUUCUCAAUGCAGCAUAUAAUGUAUUUAUUGACCCAGUGGAAAAGCUGUACGGGAAACAGUCUGGCUCGAGGUCUUAAUCGAGGUCUGUACGUCAUGAGUGAGAACCAAACAUUUUCCCCUCCGGCUCGACCGCCGCUUUUCUUCUUUCUCUCUUUUUCUUUACAGCCCACGUAUCGAAGGGCUGCACGGGCUUAUCCUUUCCUGCACGAGUUUAUCCUUCCCUGCACGUGCUUAUCUUUCCCUGCACAGGUUUAUCCUUCCCUGCACGUGUUUAUCCUUCCCUGCACGCACCAUCCGGAAUUAUUCAGAUGUGUUUCAGUAGCAGCAUGCGCGGGGGGCGUACGGGUCACAUGAUAAAGCCAGGUGACAAUCAAAAAGCAGACCGUGAUGAAAAGAAACCUUAUAUUGAUGGUCAUAGAAAGAGACGGCAAAACGAAGUGUAGAAAGGUGAAAACAAUAGUGGAUUUUUGAACCGUCUACCGGGACGAAAAAAGGGCUUUUUGUAGAGAGAUAGCCUUUAGUGAAGGUUCCACAUAACCAACACGCUUGUCUCUUUUCUUCAGCUGUAGGUCAACGUAUGAUAUGAUUCAACAGUUGAUUUCGGUUUCUCUUUUUUUUUCUUAGAGUCAAGAAGGAAUUCCUCAAGUUGGUAAGUAUUUGAUCUUAGCCAAGAAAUUAUCAAGAAAAACUUUUACCAAGAAGACUUUUGAAUGAAGAAAUCCUAGAACAUUGAUGCAGAAUAUAGGGAAGUCGAGCUUGCUGUAUUUUGUGACAUAAUAUCUGCCGUUCCUCUGGCAUUCGGGAAUGAAACACGAAUAAACAAGUCCUUAUCGAAGAACUAGAAUUAAAUCGCGGACAGACACUUUGGAGGGCGUGGCUGUAGAGGGUGGGGUAGAAGGUGUACAGAACCUGAUUCGAUUGUAACACCUUCUCUCUGAAAGGCAUUUGCUGGGAAACUUGCUACCUUCCCAGUCCCUCUUACCAUUGUUUUUCUGAAAUACCGUGUGCAAACUGGAAAACGAAAACAUUGGAAGGGGGAGAGGGGCAAGGAAAGAGUGCAAGUGGUAUCUUAACUAACGAUGUCCGAGAACUUAUUUACCUUUAGAACUGUUCUCCAAAGGACAAUUUGAUUCUUGUUUCUCAUUCUCGUCCUUUGUCUGUACCCAGCUCUGGAGACUGAGGUGUCCAGUUGGGGAGGAGUGAUCGUCACACCGGGACCGAAGGCGUACGAAAAGCAACAAGACCAAGAAGACGAAGAAGGGGAGAACGAGGGAGAAGAGGACGACGAUGAUUCAUCCGAGUUAUCAGGUCAGGAACAGGCCGAGGAAAAGAUGGAAACAAACCAAGAGAGCUGAAUUGUGGUUAGUAGUUAGUGGUUAGUAAGAUUGGUUCUAUCUGCAGUAGAGCUUUGCCUGUAACACACUAAAAGAAGUGCAUACGUUCACUAGGUAUCGAUGCCUGUGAUAGACUACUACUCAAAGUGUUCGUCGGUUGUAAAGCCAGCUAUAUACAAACAUUUUAACCAACAGCUGGAAGAAAGAGGAAACGAAAUUUUAAUUAGCUUUCCAGAAGAUAUUCCGUUCUUCAUGUCUUUCAGUAUUAUUUAACGCAGUUCAAAGCAUAAUCCUAUCAUUGUUAUUGUCUUGCUUUCGAAGAGACUUCAAACAUUGAAACGCCUCACACUAAACUGCUCCUUAUCUUUUCUAUUUUCAGACUUUCCUUUUCUUGGACCUAUCGGACCACUCGGUGUAAUGCAGAUUUAGAGUUCUUUUGUAAAUUAUUGUGUUUAUUUCGCGAUGUAUAACAACAACGGAU